GGUUUGAUGCGGGCGUGUAAACGUGUUGUCUACUUAUUUUCAAAUACUAACAUUUCAUUAUUUAUUUACACGAUAUAUCGCGAUACAAAGUGUUCCGUGCUUGGAGUGUGUUACGUUCGAUGCUGCAGUUGACUGAAUUUCCAUCGAUAUAUGGAAUAAUCUGAUAGACGCGAGUGAUUUUGUGACUUAUGGACCUUCUUUCCCUCUGGAGUCUUCACCUCGUAAAUUGUUUACAAGUUCUUCACGCUGCCUUGCAAUUAAAUAGAGCUCGCAGAACGUAUUAUUCGCGUUAGGAGUACAAUUUCGUUUUCAGAAAUUGUCGGCAAGCAACGGAUGAACGUGAUACAUCUUUACUAGAGGCAUUUUCACGUUUUAUAACCUGACAACACGUUCGAAGUUUUUCCAUCCCUAUCAUGUCAUUUCAACUUUGACGAAGUAUUAAGUAAUUUGAGACAAGUUAUUGAAUGUCAAAAUGUGGUCAUCUCAAGGUAAUAAUUCAAAUUCAAACAACUCAUCCAAGGAAGAAAAAAAUUUGCGUACAUUAGGCAUGACAUCUGCUAUUAGUGUAGCAGAACCAAAGCCUAGUGAUUUUACUAGGACAAAUGAAUUAAAAGAGGCAUUAAAACCCUAUAAUGUUUUUGAAUCUGAGGAAGAACUGAACCAUAGGAUGGAAAUUUUAAGCAAAUUAAAUGCACUGGUGAAGCAGUGGAUACGGGACACUAGCAUUGCCAGAAAUAUGCCACCCAAUGUAGCUGAACAAGUUGGCGGUAAAAUAUAUACUUUCGGUUCAUAUAGGUUAGGGGUACAUCACAAAGGUGCUGAUAUAGAUGCCCUGUGUGUUGUACCACGUCACAUCUAUAGGUCGGAUUAUUUUAGCUCAUUCUUUGAGUUACUGAAAAUGCAAGAAGAAGUUACAGAUUUAAGGGCAGUGGAAGAAGCAUUUGUACCAGUAAUAAAAAUGAAUUUUGAUGGUAUUGAAAUUGAUAUGUUGUUUGCCAAACUGGCACUAAAAGAAAUUCCCGAUUCAAUGGAUCUUAGAGAUGAUAUUCUUCUCAAAAAUCUUGAUCAAAAAUGUGUAAGAAGUCUAAACGGAUGUAGAGUAACAGACGAAAUAUUACGUUUAGUGCCCAAUAUAGAAAAUUUUAGACUGGCACUAAGAGCUAUCAAGUUAUGGGCAAAGCGACAUGGAAUAUAUAGCAAUGUAUUAGGAUAUCUAGGCGGUGUAUCUUGGGCAAUGUUGGUUGCAAGAACAUGUCAACUUUAUCCAAACGCAGUCGCAGCAACUUUAAUAGAGAAAUUUUUCCUUGUAUUCUCACAAUGGAAAUGGCCACAACCAGUUCUUCUAAAGCAACCUGACAAUGUUAAUUUAGGUUUUCCCGUUUGGGAUCCAAGAGUGAAUAUAUCAGAUAGAUAUCACUUAAUGCCAAUAAUUACGCCCGCGUAUCCUCAACAAAAUUCAACAUUCAACGUGUCGGUGUCAACAAGAACUAUUAUGCAAGAGGCGUUUGAGAAUGGACUUUCCAUAACGGAAGAGAUUAUUAUGGGGAAGGCAACGUGGGAUAAAUUAUUCGAACCUCCAAAUUUCUUUGGCAAAUAUAAGCAUUAUAUUGUACUGUUGGCAAGAAGUUCAACCGCUGAAGACCAACUCGAGUGGUGUGGGCUUGUCGAGUCAAAAAUACGACAUUUAAUAGGUGCAUUGGAAAGGAAUCUACACAUUAAAUUGGCACACGUAAAUCCGGAGGCAUUUCCGCCGUUAGAACCAGAACCAGAAGGGCACUGUUCUAUGUGGUUUAUCGGUUUGCUAUUUGCCAAAAGCGAGAAUUUAAAUAUUGAUCUAACGUACGAUAUAAAAUCUUUUGUGGACUCAAUUCUAAGGCAAGCAGAACAGCUGAACAUGUUGAAGGAGGGUAUGUGGAUCGAAGUAAAACACGUGAAAAAGAAGGAUCUUCAUACUUAUGUAUCUCCUAGUUUGCUUAAACGGGAAAGAAAAAUUUCCGGAAAUAUACAUAAAAAUGGAAAUAUUGCCGGGAAUGGUAAUAAUGGUGGCGUUUCCCCACGAAAUCAAGGAGAUGUGAACAGCAGGAAAAGAUUAUCCGAUCAAAACAUAGACACAUUCGGGAAAAAACGGAGAGUCACCGAUAACGAACAACAAGUAACACAUGCAGAUGGAUCGUUAGUGGUUCAAUCUUGUGGCGAAGACAGCAAUUCCGGAUUUAGCUUGGAUGAAUACAAACAAACAUUGACAGCUACUAAGGAUGUAAGACAUUGUACAUAUAAUGAACAAUAAUCAUCAUAUAUCAGGAUUAGGAGGGGCCUACUGGUGCAUCUACAGUAGCACAGGAAGGAUACGUUUGCACUUGAUCACUGCAGGAUUACUACCUCAAGUCGAUCCAUAGAUGCUCCUCUGGGCCAUCUAGACUGUAAUCACUUUUCAUGCAACCAUCCACUGCCUACUGUAAGUCCCCCCAUUUCCUAAAAGCAAAGCAACGUCAUGCGAAGAACAUUAUCUAUUGGAGUCAAUCGAUGCACGACUGUAUGACGAACGCUAUAAUUUUAGUAUUUAUGAACAACAUCAACAGUCAAUGGGAACAAUUAUGCCAUGAACGAAUGAUUGUGCCAGUGUCUGUGAUGUUACUUUUUUAUCGUAAAUCGCGUUGGUCAUAUUGGGAGGCCAUGAUUGAAGGGCUAGUAGUAGCAAAACAUCACUAAAUCUCUAAGGUUUAUAAUUUUAUUUUUAUAUUUCAUUUUGUACAUAUCACUUAUAAUCAUUUUUAUCCACAAAAUUAUUAAAAACGAGAAAAAAAAAGAAAAAAAGGAAACUAUGGAAAAGGAAAAAAGAUAAAAAAGACACAGUGUUGGAUCUAGAAAGAUCAGAAAGAUAGUUCGUGUCAUUACGCUAAAAUGCGAAUAAGUAAACAAUAUUUUGUAUUAGACUUGAUGCUUCUAUUAGGAUUUUCAGCAAUGAAAAGAAAGAAAAAAAAGAAAAAAAAAAAAACGAGAACUACGAAGUUUUUGAUGUUUCGAAGGUGAAACAUAUUCUUGUAUAAAACGCAUUUCUUUAAUGCAUAAAUAGAUAAAAGAUAUAAAAAAAAGAGCAAGUAUAUUUAAGUUGUAAAUAAUUAAUACAUUAUUAUUUUCGCUGUAAAUUACAUGAAACGAUUUAUCUUCUUAAGUCUGUAAAAGCAUAACCGCAGUACGAUAGUAGAUUUUAGUUUCUUCUCUCAAUUAUUUUAUAAUAUCCCUUAGCUAUUUAUACUAUCUAUGCUAAAGGAGUAUCUCUCUCCCAUUGAAUAUUAGUUGCUGUACGAACUCGAUUCUGACACAUACAGCAUUGUUUAUAUUUCUCACGUAUGAAAUGUCUAAGAAAAGAAAAAGUUAUUUUUUUCUUUACCGUAACCAGUCGAGUAACAAAACGAAAAAUCACCGGCACUGGCAUAACAGAUUGAAUGUUUCAUUUACAGAAGAAUCGUUGAUUGUAGCACUAUUAGAUUCGAGUUGAUAGAUUACUCAUAGUAAUAGUCUGUAAAUGAAACAUCUAUGAACAAGCCAUUGACUAUCUUUGUUAACGAUCGUGUUACGUUAAACGAUGUUUUUCGAAUGGAGAGCUUUCAUUCGCAGAAGUUAUAGCUUUAACAAUGCAACACGGGACUGGCAUCUGGAUUCUGAUUCGAAUCGUCAAUAUCACCUGUUGGUGAGUUUUUUUCAGAUGUUCGAUUGUUUUCAGUUCCCUUUCAGUUUAGAAAUUCUAUCCUGUAAUCAUCUCCCCGAUUCUAUCUCUUUUUCUUUUUUCUUUUUUUUUUUUAAUCAUUUUAUUCUUACUCUCCAUUUACGAAUUACCAUUGUGUUAAAGGCAUGUCGAUUAACACGUCUCGAGGUGUUUGAUGUUCACUCUUUAAUAAUAAAUAAUAUUAUAUAUAUAAUAAGUAUUACAUUGAAACGCAUAGGUUUAUCUCAGGAACUAAGUAUUUGCAGGGUAACCACCGCAUACAAAUUGCGACCUUUUGUAUCGAUUUAUACAUUAAUAUUGCGACAAAAAUUAAAAAUUAUUUCCACGCAUCCAUAUAAUUAUUAUCAUUUCUUUCCACACUGUAUCCUAUAUCUUUUCUGUCGUAUUCAAAUCCGUUUGAUGUACGAUUAUUUCGAUACUCUGCGAAUACUGUAGUUAAUUCUAUUGAGAUUAGGGACCAUUUCGUUGUUUGUACAUAUUCGUCGUAAUCUCGAGAUCAUCUCUUUUUCUUAUGCGGCUUCUUCUUUGCUCGUCUAUGAUUUACGUUGCGUCAAUCGAAGUAUAAAUGUAUAGUUGAAAAAUUAGAAUAUUAUAUAAAACAAUUACUCUUCUACUAUUUCUUUUUUCUUCGUUAUAAUUAUAGUCAAGUUAGAUUCAUGUAUGAUACGUAUUAUAUUAACAUUAUUUAUACCGUAUCCUAUCAUUUCGUUAUGUCAUUCAUUCUAGGAUUUGUUUGUUCAUGUAACGCGAACAUUCGAGAUUUUUUACACGUCUAGAUGAAUGUACAUAAAAGUUUCGACAGUUGAAGGUGAUCGAUUUAGAUGUAAACCGAUGAAAAGUUUUCUUACGAAGGAAAUAUCGACAAUCUACAUGGCUUUCCGUUAUCAAGAAUAUUAUUUUAUUCUGCUAUUCGCGAUGAGAAAUUAUUCUAUCUGUAAAUAUUUCAUUCCGAUGUAAGAAUCAAUCUCAAUUCAAUGGUCGAAUUGAAUUGCAUUAUACAUUUGAUAUCUGAGAAAAAGAAAGUUAUUUAUAAUGUUAACGAUUAAUAGCUUUCUUUGUAGCCUUUAUCAUCGGCCGAUUUUAGAUUUGUGUCAGGUGUAACAAAGAUCUUGUAUAAGUGUUACAUUUGUAAUAUUAUUUCGAACUUUCAGAAAUUGUCAUUCAUAUGUUGUUUAUAAUUUUUUCUUUCGCUUUCUUAAUCUGUUUAACUCUGCUCAUUCGUUAGUUUUAAUCUCCAUUUAAUGUCAUUAACGAAAUAGAUUUUUAUCAAGUGUAACAACCGCAGUUUCUUUUAUGUGAAAUAAACUUUUUUUUUUUAAAUUAAAAAAAACUUCAAAUUUCACAGUGAAAAAUGCUAUUACAAACCUAGCUAUUACGAACUAUUACAAACCUAGCUACAAUGAUCUUGGCUAGCUACUAUUUCAAUGUUGUACCUAAAAGAAUACUUUGUUGUGGUUAAUCGAAACUAUAAAAUAUUGUCGCAGUUUAACUUGCUGUUACUAGUCUAACAAUUGUUUGAAAAAAGAAGAAAGGAAACUGAUCCUAAAACGGUAAUAAAGUCGUGAAAAGAGCUCGCAUAAUAUGCAGAGAAGUGCCUCAUAACAUAUACCUACAUUUUAUAUUUAAUCGACAGUUUAAGAAAGCCCACUAUAACACGAUCUACUUUGAAAGUUUGUUCUGUUUGCUUAUUACUGUACUAAUUACGGUACGGUUGCACUCAUACCAUCAUUGCGUGAUCUAUUUACAACAAUUCCAAUGUUCCUAUUUUUUUUUUUUUUUUUUUAAUUAGAACGAAGGAUAUGUUGAGUUGUAACCUUUUUCUCUUAUAAAUAAAUUAAAAUCCACAGUUAUAGAGAGGGUCACACGUUCGCGUAAAAAUUUAUGUUCCUUUUUAUUUUUUAACCAAUACCAAAUGUUUCUCGGUUGCUCGUUUGUUAAUGAAUCUGAUUUUUUAAUCGUCGCGCUUUCCAUAGACCGAAAAUGUAAGACGCGUUAUUUAUAAUCUCUAAAGAAAGGACUAGAUUUUGCGUAGAAAAAGUUUUGUUUUAGUUCCCAUUCUUCGAGUUCAAUUAACUUUCUUCUACUCUUCUACUCGUUCGAUCAGACUAGUUUUCGUGCAAUAUGUAAAUUUGUAGGAGUUCCCGAUCGAUUUUUCGAUUAAACGUAGCGAUAAUCGUUUGGGAACUAUUAAACUUGCAUACUCGAUUAGAAAAGGGGAAAGUUACGAUUACAGAGACAUUUUAUUUGAAAAAAUACACAUUUCGCGUGCUUGUGUGAAUUAGCGGUUUAAGAAAACCUAAAGGAUCAACGUAACCAAGCUUUUUUGUAUUUUUUCGGACAAGAUCAUAUCUUUGAUCGGAACUUUUUCCAUCGUUUGUUGAUAAUUCCGUUCCGAAAUCAAUUUCACGAAGUUUGAACGCGAUAUCAAAGAUUUUUCGAGCACUUUUUGCAAUACGAUUAGAUUAAAAGAAGAAGAAAAAAAAAUGGCAGCUAGCGACGCUCAAUGAAGAUGCUCAGGAAACAAUUUUCUAUGAUUAAAUUAAAGUAUCGUGAUAUCAACGAAUUCUACGGAAUAACAAGAAAUUUAUAUUCGACGUAAUAUAUUUUCAAAUAGUCCAGACUUUCCUCGUCGUAGAGUAUUUUCGUCCGACUGUGUUAGUUUUUAAAAUUUCGCAAUAGCUUUGGAACUUUCGUUGUUUCUCUAUCACUUAUUUUCUUGAGUCACGCUAAUAUUAUUAUUAAUACAUUUAUAAUAAUUAAAAAAAAAAAAGGAAAGGAAAAGAAGAAACACUGUACUUUCCUGUAGCCAAUUUACUUAUUAUCAUAGUUAUAAUGAUAUAGUAAUUGUGAUUUUCUUUAAUAUUAUUAUUAUUAUAAUUAUAAUUAUCAUUGCUAUUAUUUGGUUCUUUGCUAUCCAUAUAGCUGUUAUGCGAAGAGCAACUAAAACGCAAAUUGUCGUACAUUAUUGUACAUUCAACAUCAUCUAACGAGGGAGAUAAAAAGAAAAUGCGAUUGAGGUGACCACUAUGAAUAGUAUCGUGAAGUUUCACGCAAUACUAUCGGGCAGAUCAAUAUAAGAAGUGAACAUCAAUAUUAUCCUCGCGCGUAGUAAGAAACAAGUGCAACAAAUACCACGUUCUUUCGUUACGUAUGACAAAAGAAAAGGACCGAAUGAGAUCGUGCAUUCGAACUCCAUUCACGUAUUUAUUUUUUUUUUUUUUUUCUUCGUUCGAAAAACGUCAGACAUGUCUGUAGCACAUUCUUGUGUCCUCGAUCAAUUCUCGAGAACGUCGUGUCGUUUCUCUCCGUGUGCCCGGCGCGACGUUCUCAAAUCGACAAACCGAUAAAACGAUUGAAGCAAAAAGAAAAAAGAAAAAAAAAAAGGUAAAACAAACGGUGAACGGCCGCUAUUCGUUACGUGCACCUCUUGUACAAUAGACACGAAUGAAAAAAAAAAAAAAAAAACCGAGUAAAAAGAAAAAAACCGAAAAAUUCGAAAAAAAAGCUGCUGAAGGCAAAGCUAACUCUAUCGGUAUGUUUGCGAAACGUGCAAACUUGGAAGGUUUCUCUGGAGAAUCCUUCUCGGCCGUUGUCCUGUACUAUAAUCCUCUCUUUUUCUUUUACUCUUUCUCUUUUCCUAUUUCUCGCGAACACGUCGCGAGAAGACCAAGAACGAACAAGACGUUUAGCGUGAACACACUCACUUUCCAUUCACACACAGAGGACAGCACGCACGAAUACAUGCGCAUAGUUAGAGAUACACACAGAUAGAA